GCUGCAGCGCCCGAGCCCGGGCUACCCGGGAAGCGACUGGUGCGGAGGGUCACCGCCAAGACACCCCCAAAGACCCCAGCCGGCCGAGAGCGGCGCGCAGAGCCCGCGCUCCUUCUCUCCCACUCUCCAUCCCUCCCUCCCGCGGCAGGAGCGCGCGGACCUGCACGCCGCCAGCCGCGCCCCGCCCCUCGCCCGGGCAACUGCGGCGGGAUCCACAGCUGACCCCCCCUCCCCCGGACGGCCCGAGGUUCGUGCCUGCUCUCUCUUGCACCGCGCCAGCGACCCUAUCGGUCGGUCCACACGCGUGGAUUUCUGCCUCCACUCCCUUCUUUUAAGUACAAUAAAAGGGGGAGGGGGCUCUGGCGGAUUUUUGAACAUUUUGCUUGCUGCUUUAAUUGGGGGGCAAUUGGCUCCCAGUUGGGAGGUGCGGCCCCGGGGAGGGGCCAGGAGCAGGAACGUGCCCAUUACUGCCCAGUCUUUGUCUGCUGCCUCCGGAUGCACAGCGAUGGGGGAAUGGACCAUCUUGGAGAGGCUGCUGGAAGCCGCGGUGCAGCAGCACUCCACUAUGAUCGGGAGGAUCCUGUUGACUGUGGUGGUGAUCUUCCGGAUCCUCAUUGUGGCCAUUGUGGGGGAGACGGUGUACGAUGAUGAGCAGACCAUGUUUGUGUGCAACACCCUGCAGCCCGGCUGUAACCAGGCCUGCUAUGACCGCGCCUUCCCCAUCUCCCAUAUCCGAUACUGGGUCUUCCAGAUCAUAAUGGUGUGCACCCCCAGCUUGUGCUUCAUCACCUACUCUGUGCACCAGUCUGCCAAGCAGCGGGAACGUCGAUACUCUACUGUCUUCCUAGCCCUGGACAGGGAUCCCUCGGAGUCUAUAGGAGGUCCUGGAGGCACUGGGGGUGGAGGCAGUGGUGGGGGUAAACGAGAAGAUAAGAAGUUGCAAAAUGCCAUUGUCAAUGGGGUGCUACAGAAUACAGAAAACACCAGCAAGGAGAUGGAGCCAGAUUGCUUAGAGGUUAAGGAGCUGACACCACACCCAUCAGGGCUGCGCACCGCAGCAAGAUCCAAGCUCCGAAGACAGGAAGGCAUCUCUCGCUUCUACAUUAUACAAGUGGUGUUCCGAAAUGCCCUGGAGAUUGGGUUUCUGGUGGGCCAGUACUUUCUCUAUGGUUUCAGUGUCCCUGGGUUGUAUGAGUGCAACCGCUACCCUUGCAUCAAGGAGGUGGAAUGUUAUGUGUCCCGGCCCACUGAGAAAACCGUCUUUCUAGUGUUCAUGUUUGCUGUGAGUGGCAUCUGUGUGGUGCUCAACCUGGCAGAACUUAACCAUCUGGGAUGGCGCAAAAUCAAACUGGCAGUUAGAGGGGCUCAGGCCAAGAGGAAGUCAGUCUAUGAGAUAAGAAACAAAGACCUGCCCCGGGUCAGUGUUCCCAACUUUGGAAGGACCCAGUCCAGCGACUCUGCCUAUGUGUGAGAAAGAGGCAGGUUUUAGAGAAGCCUGUUAUGUGGCAAGUCACCUCAAGGCAGAGGACUGCUUCAGGGUGAUAUCUGUGCUCUCAUGUCUGUGGCUCUCAUCAUGAAGAUGCAGAAUACAGAUGGUUGAAAGAAGAUCUAGUAUCAACAGAAGAGAAGAAAAAAAAUAAAAUUGUUAUCACAUGUCACACCACUGG